AAGCGGAAGUGAGAGCUGGUGCCGUGUGUCUGCGCGCUGUGCGACGGUAUUGGUUAGUUUGAAGAUCGCGGAUUGAGAACGGAGAGACACGGACGGCGGUACCGGAAAAAGUCUCCUGUAAGCGGCGAGAGGAAACAGAACCGGACACGGAGCGGGCACCAUUGUGGGCUACGUCAUGAAGAGCAGCGUGGCGCCAGUCAGAAAUUCUUCCAGCUAUGAUAGACAGGAUACGUACAGCUAUCGGCAAAGAAGCUCUUCUCCAGAGGACAGGUAUCGGGACAGAGACAGGUCACUUUCUCCACGUGAUAGAGAUUACUCUGAUCGCGGCAAAGCCUUCAGAGACCGUGACCGAUAUGAUGAGGAGAGGCCAAGAAAUGGACGAUAUGAGAGAUCAGACUAUGCAAGGGAUCGAGAUAGAUCAAGACGAGAUCCAGACAGAGAUUCAGACAGGAGGCGAGAUAGGAAAUCGCCAUCUUCAUCGAGGAGAAGUGAAGAGCGAUCAGAUGUACAAGCGUCUGCUGAGCCUCCAGUGAAGAAAAAGAAAGAUGAUUUGGAUCCAAUUCUUACUCGUACUGGUGGAGCUUAUAUCCCACCUGCCAAGCUGCGUAUGAUGCAAGAGCAAAUAACUGACAAGAGCAGUUUAGCUUACCAAAGAAUGAGUUGGGAAGCGUUAAAGAAGUCAAUUAAUGGUCUUGUUAACAAAGUGAACGUCUCUAACAUUGGAAAUAUCAUCCAGGAGCUUCUGCAAGAAAACAUUAUUCGUGGAAGAGGUCAGCUGGCCAGGUCUGUUCUCCUGGCUCAGAGCGCUUCUCCUAUUUUUACGCAUGUCUAUGCUGCAGUAGUAGCGAUCAUCAACACCAAGUUCCCUCAGGUUGGAGAACUCAUUCUAAAGAGGCUUAUCCUAAACUUCCGGAAGGGUUACAGAAGAAAUGAUAAGAAACUUUGCUUGACUGCUUCAAAGUUUGUUGGUCAUCUCAUUAAUCAGAAUGUGGCCCACGAGGUGCUGGCACUGGAAAUGCUGACAUUGCUUUUGGAAAGACCUACAGAUGACAGUGUUGAAGUUGCUAUUGGUUUUUUAAAGGAUAGCGGUCUUAAGCUAACUCAAGUAACACCCAGAGGUAUAAAUGCUAUAUUUGAACGUCUUCGGAAUAUCCUUCACGAGUCAGAAAUAGACAAACGUGUCCAGUACAUGAUUGAAGUCAUGUUUGCAGUAAGAAAGGACGGCUUUAAAGAUCACCCGGUUAUCCCAGAAGGGCUGGACCUGGUAGAGGAAGAAGAUCAGUUUACACACAUGCUUCCACUGGAAGAUGAUUAUAAUCCAGAAGAUGUCCUUAAUGUCUUUAAGAUGGAUCCAGAUUUUCUUGAAAAUGAAGAGAAGUACAAGACCAUUAAAAAAGACAUUUUGGACGAAGGUGACAGCGACUCAGGAGAGGACGAGGGCGGAAGUGACGAUGACAGUGAUGAGGAAGAAGAUAAUGAGAAUGCAGAGGAAGCUGGAGAAGAAGGAGAGAAAAUAACCAUCCAUGACAAGACUGAAAUUAACCUGGUUUCGUUCCGGCGAACAAUUUAUCUUGCGAUCCAAUCAAGCUUAGAUUUUGAGGAGUGUGCUCACAAGCUGAUAAAGAUGGACUUCCCAGAUAGUCAGACGAAAGAACUCUGCAACAUGAUACUGGAUUGCUGCGCUCAGCAGAGAACGUACGAGAAGUUUUUUGGUUUGCUUGCCGGGCGUUUCUGUCUGUUAAAGAAAGAAUACAUGGAGUCUUUUGAAGGCAUUUUCAGAGAGCAGUAUGAGACUAUUCACCGCCUGGAAACGAACAAACUGAGAAACGUCGCCAAGAUGUUUGCCCAUCUCCUCUACACAGACUCUAUUCCUUGGAGUGUCCUCGAGUGCAUAAAUCUUAGCGAAGAAACGACCACCUCCUCUAGCAGAAUAUUUGUGAAAAUAUUCUUCCAGGAACUCUGUGAAUAUAUGGGGCUUCCGAAGCUCAAUGCCAGACUGAAGGAUGUGACCCUCCAACCUUUCUUUGAAGGAUUACUACCUAUGGACAAUCCAAAAAAUACUCGCUUUGCUAUCAACUUUUUCACCUCUAUUGGCCUUGGAGGAUUAACGGACGAACUACGUGAGCAUCUGAAGAAUGCACCAAAAAUGAUCAUGACCCAGAAGCAGAAUGUAGAAUCGUCAGAUUCUUCAUCUUCAGAGUCGUCGUCCUCCUCUUCAGAGUCUUCCUCUGACUCCAGCAGCGACUCCAGCUCCAGUGAUAAUGACUCCAGCAGUGACUCGGACUCUUCAAAGAGAAGAAAAGCAAAAUCACAAAAGGACAGACGUAAAGAGAAGACCUCAAGAAGGGAAAGAAGUAAGGAAAAAACAAAGAAAACAAGUUCCAGAAAAGAAGGCUCUGAAGAGAGACAAAAAGAAAAGAAACGUCAUAAAGACAGACACGAUGAUAGACAAUCCAGCAGAUCAGACAAGAACUCAAAGCACUCUUCACAUUCAAGAAGCUCCCGGAGAUGAUCCAUUCUGCUGUAUUGAUAAUGAUAUUUUUUUUUUUUAACUCCUCUUGUAACAUAAGGUUGUGUAAGUGGGAAGUUUAACAAGCAUUUAUCCAAUGUUUCUUCCUUUUGAUGUUUUCCUUUGGUUGUAGAAGCAUCUGCCCCAAAAGUCACUUCCUAGCUGGAGUCUCCUGGAACAGACCUGUUUCUAUCGGAUCUAUAUUAAUGGACAGCAAAGCCAAAUAAAAGCUGUAUUUUAGCAGCUGUGAUGUGAAAUCUGUGCUUUUACGUUUUGAACCUUAUUUUUCAUGUCUAUUAAAAAGCGAUCUUUUAU